AAUCGAGAUAAACAACCCGUCAGAAAAAAAUCGAAACCCAUCCAAGCGGUGUCCAGUUGUCAAUUCUAACUCCGCUUUUCUUUCUUGUGAAAAAUCCACUGCUGACGAUCCCGAAAAAAAUCCAUCUAUCCAGUGAAAAUGGCAGAUGCUGAGCUUGGAAAAGCGUUGAAGGACCUGCCGAAUCGGGUGCUGAAUGUGAGCGUCGAAGAACGCCCGGAAUUAUUCCGUAAUGUGAUCGAAGUGCUACCGAAUCCGGGUAUCAAUGCAACCAUCGUCCGAGGCAUCUGCAAGGUGAUUGGAACUACUUUGACCAAGUACAAAGAUCCUGCCUCACAAGCCUUGGUUCGCGAGUUGCUGGUUGCUUUACUUAAGCAACAUCCGGAUUUGGCGUACGAGCAUUUUAACAAUGUUUUGAAGGCGUUGGUCACCAAGGAUCUGGCGGCUGCUCCGCCCCUUAAAGGAGCUCAGGCGGCCGUUCUGGCGCUGGGAUGGGCUAACCUUGUGGCUUUGCACGGCAGUCACGAAUCGGACGUGGGUAAGAAAGAAUUCCCCAAAUUGAUAGAGAUCCAGACCGGAUUGUAUCAGCUGUCGUUAACGUCCGGUAUUCAAAAGGUGUCCGAUAAGGCAUAUAGCUAUUUGAAAGAGUUCUUCGCUAAGAAGGAAGACAUCGAAAAAGUCUAUUUCAACAAGUUAAUAUCAUUGGAGCCGUCAAGCUCCGUUGUUCUUUUCAUGUCUGCAAUUUUGAACUUUAGCAAAGAGGAAUUUGAAAACCUUGAUCUGCUUGACCAGAAUAAAGCAAAACUGUUGGAUCACAUUGUUAAAGGAUUGAUAACUGUCAAAUCGAAACCUCACACAAGCGAUGUGGCAGGGUGUUCGAUCGUGCUCAGUGCCAUCACUAAAGAAGAGUUCAAAGCAACCAUCCUGCCCGCUCUGCAGCGAUCAAUGCUGCGAUCACCGGAAGUGAUUCUCCGCACUGUCGGGGCCAUGGUGAGUGAAAUUCCAGUGGAUGUGAGUGAUUUCGCAAUGGAUCUCGGGAAAACUUUGAUCCAGAACCUGGCGUCGAAGGACGAAACCUUGAGACUAGAAGCGGUCGAGUCACUCAAACAAGUGGCAAUGAAAUGUAGUGCGCCGAAGGCUGUUGAGGCACUGCUCAAGGAGGUAUUUGCCGUGUUUAAUGGGUCGGGUGGAAAAAUUACCGUGGUGGAGCUGAGGAUUAAUCUACUUCAGGGUGCCGGUAAUCUGAGCUUCAACCAGAUCAAACCAGAUGAAGUCCACACGAUGAUGCCAACUGUGACGGAUCUGUUCAUCAAAGCGCUGGAAACCGAAACUCAGGAGAAGGUUCUCUGUCAUGCGCUGGAAAUGUUUGGAUUGUGGUCGGUUAACUUCCGGGGAGAAAUCCCCACGAAGAUUGUGCAGACAUUCAAAAAGGGUCUGGAUGCCAAGGCUCAAGUAUUGCGCACAAGUUAUCUGCAAUGGUUCCUCGGCUGUCUGCAGAACGGAAAACUGCCUUCAGGAAGUGAUUUCACCGCCCCUCUCUCCAAAAUUGUCGAGAAGGCUGCACAAAAUCCGACUCAAACCCCAGCAGUUUCCGAAGGAGUUGGUGCCGCCUGCAUUAUCCUGCUGACCAACCCCAAGAUUAGCGAUCAGCUGAAAGACUUCUGGAACAUUGUUCUUGACAUGAACAAGAAGGUAUUUUUGGGAGAAAAGUUCCUCUCAGCGACCGCUCCAGAAACCCUUUGCUACGUAAUGCUGUUUUGUGAGCGAAUUUUACUAAACCAUUUGGAAGAUUUGAAGGGAUCUUCGGAACCUUUAUUCAAAACCAUUGUUUAUUGUGUCAACUCUGCCCAGAAGAAAGUACGCAAAUACUGCUUACCAUUGCUGAAGAAAAUUGUAAACAGUGCGAAUGGCAUCAGUUUGGCUAAAAGUUUACUGCUGGAAAUUACAAACUUUGUGGAAAACACCAAAAUUCUCAACGAAGGCGAACAGGAAGAGGGAGUUGUUCCGGCGCAAGCCAUUGUGGACAGUAUCAUGUUCGUCACGGAUAUUGAUUCCAUUCAGAUAUCGGACGCCCAAACGGUGGCUCUCAGUGUCCUUCUAUGUGCUCACCAUCCGUCGGCCGUUUCCGUACAAUCCGAUCUCUGGGAAUCGAUUCUAAAACGGUACAAUUUGGAAGGAAAGUAUUUCAUAAAGAUGAACACGGCCCACAUCAAGGACACUUUCUUCAACGGGUACAAGGCCACGGCCAUGUACGAAAACACGCUGGCAACGCUGUCGCACAUCAGUCCGGAGGUGAUUCUUCCGGUGCUGGUCAAAAACGUGACCGACCAUUUGAACAACGCGAAGAUGUCGAACGUUACAGACGAGGAGUAUUUCACCUAUUUGACACCGGACGGCGAGCUGUACGACAAAAGUGUCAUUCCGAAUUCGGACGAACUGACCAAUACGGCCCACUUGAAGCGGGAAAAUAAGGCUUACAGCUACAAAGAACAACUGGAAGAACUGACACUCCGACGAGAAAUCGAGGAGAAACGUCGCAAGGAAGGCAAAUCCAAACCGCCUCAACUGACUCCAAAACAAAAGGAAGCAAUCGAGAAGCAAACCGAAAAGGAGAAAGCCAUCAAGACUCGGCUGAGGGAGCUGAACAACACCAUCACGACGCUGAUCUCGCAAAUCGAAGGUGCCGCCAAGGGUACACCCCACGAGUUGUCACUUUUCUUCCCCACGCUGUUGCCGGCCAUUUUGAGGGUGUUCUCAUCGCCUCUGGCUGCGCCCUCAAUGGUGAAACUGUACCUACGGCUGCGGGAAACCUGCUUCUCCGGUGAACUUGUCGAGACUGGCCGGGAUGUGGCAAUUGCAACGAUUCGACUGAGCAAACCGCACUGCGAUCUGGAGGAGAGCUGGUGUACUGCCAACCUGCUGGAGCUGGUUAGCGACAUUUUGGUGUCGGUGUACGACGAAACAAUCGAUAAGUACAAUGUGCACAUCGAGGAAGACGGAGUGAAGAAUUAUUUGCUGAAUGCACCGUCGUUCAGUUACACGUUUGAGUUCUUGAAGAGGGCUAUGCUGCUUCCGGAUGCAGCCAAAGACGAGAGUUUGCUGAUCAACGGUAUUCAAAUCAUCGCGUACCAUGCGCAGAUCAAGGGAGACACGGUGGAUGGGCAAGAUUUUGGAGAUUUGUACCACCCGAAGUAUAUGCCGAGGUUGGAGAUGAUCAAAUUGUUGCUGAUUCUCAUUCAGCAGCAACGAGGAAGAGUACAAACUCAGGCGGUUGCUGCACUGUUGGAUGUUGCUGAAAGUAGUUCCGGAAAGGAGUACACGGCGAAGGCGGAUACUCGCGAAGUAGAGAGUUUGUUGGUGGCUUUGCAGGAUGAGUUGGAUGCUGUGCGAGAUGUGGCGCUCCGAGCCUUGGCAAUCAUGAUCAAGGUGCUACCAUCUAUUAGUGAUGAUUAUGAACUUGGUCUUAGGCUGACCAGAAGAUUGUGGGUUGCUAAACAUGAUGUGUGCGAGGAUACCAAACAACUGGCGGAGAAUGUCUGGGUUCAAGGGAAUUUCGAAGUUCCAAUUGUUAUGGCAGACGAACUGUUAAAGGAUAUAAUUCACCCGGAGCCCUGUAUCCAGAAAGCAGCUUCAUUCGCGUUGGUUUCGAUUCUGGCGGAAGACUCUUCUAUCAUCGACAGUAUCCUCGAACAAUUAUUGGAGAUCUACCAAGACAAACUGACCAUGAUCCCCGCAAAACUCGAUCAGUUUGAUCGCGAGAUUGAACCAGCUGUUGAUCCGUGGGGUCCGCGACGAGGAGUGGCCAUUGCCUUUAGCCAUGUAGCACCCUUCCUCACGGAGGAACUUGUGAACAGCUUGACUCAAUUCAUGGUUUCCUCUGGACUGCGUGAUCGUGAGGAAAUCGUUCAUAAGGAGAUGUUGGCGGCUUCGUUGGCUAUCGUCGAACACCACGGAAAAGUAAGUGUCUCCUACUUAUUACCGACCUUCGAGAAGUUUUUGGAUGAAGCACCCAACAAUAGCGAUUACGACAACAUCCGCCAGGCUGUAGUUAUUUUGAUGGGUUCACUGGCGCGCCAUUUGGAUCGGGACGACGAGCGAAUUCAGCCCAUUGUUAAUCGUUUGUUGACGGCGUUGUCUACACCCUCACAGCAAGUUCAAGAAUCCGUCGCCAACUGUAUUCCUCAUCUGAUCCCAUCCGUCAAGGAUCAAGCGCCUCAAAUGGUGAAGAAAAUGAUGCAACAGCUAGUAAAAUCUGAAAAAUACGGUGUCCGACGUGGAGCAGCCUACGGCAUUGCAGGAAUUGUCAAGGGGUUAGGUAUUUUGUCGCUUAAGCAGCUGGACAUCAUGACAAAACUAACCAGCUACAUCCAGGACAAGAAGAACUUCAAGUCUCGCGAAGGAGCUCUGUUUGCAUUCGAGAUGUUGUGUUCUACGCUGGGUCGACUCUUCGAGCCUUACAUCGUACACGUUUUGCCACAUCUUUUACAAUGUUUCGGAGAUUCCUCGUCCUAUGUUCGGGAGGCCGCCGAUGAAUGCGCCAAGACAGUAAUGGCUAAACUUUCUGCUCAUGGUGUGAAGCUGAUUCUUCCGUCACUGUUGAACGCAUUAGAUGAAGAUUCGUGGAGAACAAAAACCGCUUCGGUAGAACUGCUUGGUGCAAUGGCGUUUUGUGCUCCGAAACAGCUGUCGUCUUGCCUACCCAGCAUCGUACCAAAAUUGAUGGAAGUACUGGGAGACUCGCACAUUAAAGUCCAGGAAGCAGGAGCAACUGCACUGAAAAUGAUUGGCUCUGUCAUCAAAAACCCCGAAAUUCAAGCAAUUGUACCAGUCUUGCUCAGAGCUUUGGAGAAUCCAUCGUCGAAGACUUCUGCUUGCCUGCAGAGUUUGCUGGAAACUAAAUUCGUCCAUUUCAUCGACGCCCCCUCGCUCGCAUUAAUUAUGCCCGUUGUCCAGCGUGCAUUCAUGGAUCGCUCUACCGAAACCAGGAAGAUGGCCGCCCAAAUUAUUGGCAACAUGUAUUCGUUGACUGAUCAGAAAGAUCUAACACCUUAUCUACCGAACAUCAUCCCCGGCCUCAAAACAUCCCUGCUGGAUCCGGUGCCGGAGGUCCGUGCUGUUUCUGCUCGUGCUCUCGGUGCCAUGGUAAGGGGAAUGGGCGAAUCGUCGUUCGAAGAUCUGCUCCCAUGGUUGAUGCAGACGUUGACUUCCGAAAGCAGCAGCGUGGAUCGUUCAGGAGCAGCUCAAGGUUUAUCAGAGGUCGUCGGUGGUUUAGGAGUUGAGAAGCUGCACAAACUCAUGCCGGAGAUUAUUGCCACCGCUGAGCGAACCGAUAUUGCCCCGCAUGUCAAGGACGGUUACAUCAUGAUGUUCAUCUACAUGCCGAGUGCGUUCCCCAACGACUUUACGCCGUACAUUGGACAGAUAAUCAAUCCGAUCCUGAAGGCAUUGGCUGAUGAAAAUGAAUACGUCAGGGAUACCGCAUUGAAGGCCGGUCAACGAAUUGUCAACUUGUAUGCUGAGACGGCGAUUGCUCUGCUGCUUCCAGAACUGGAAAAGGGCUUAUUCGACGACAACUGGCGAAUCCGCUACAGUUCGGUGCAGCUGUUGGGAGAUUUGUUGUAUAAGAUUUCGGGUGUUUCCGGAAAGAUGACCACUCAAACUGCUUCCGAGGAUGACAAUUUUGGUACGGAGCAAAGUCACAAGGCUAUUAUCAGAAGUUUGGGAGCAGAGAGGAGGAACCGAGUGUUGGCUGGAUUGUACAUGGGUCGUAGCGAUGUUUCUUUGAUGGUGCGUCAGGCGGCGUUGCAUGUGUGGAAGGUGGUGGUCACCAACACUCCGCGUACUCUUCGUGAAAUUUUGCCAACCUUGUUCAGUUUAUUGCUGGGAUGUUUGGCCAGUACUAGCUACGAUAAACGCCAGGUUGCGGCUAGAACAUUGGGAGAUUUGGUUCGAAAGCUUGGCGAACGUGUACUUCCGGAGAUCAUUCCGAUCCUUGAGCGUGGUCUGAAUUCAGAUCAAGCCGACCAGCGGCAGGGUGUGUGCAUCGGGCUGUCGGAAAUAAUGGCCUCUACUUCAAGGGAUAUGGUCCUGACCUUCGUAAACAGUUUGGUACCGACAGUGCGUAAAGCUUUGGCCGACCCUCUUCCAGAAGUUCGUCAUGCUGCUGCUAAGACAUUUGAUUCGCUUCAUACUACAGUGGGAACACGCGCUCUCGACGAUAUUUUACCAUCUAUGUUAGAGAGCCUCUCGGAUCCAGAUCCAGACAUUGUAGAAUGGACCUUGGAUGGCCUUCGUCAAGUCAUGGCCAUCAAAUCACGGGUUGUUCUGCCGUACCUGAUUCCCCAGCUAACGGCCAAUCCAGUUAAUACCAAGGCGCUCUCCAUCUUAGCAUCCGUCGCUGGCGAAGCUCUCACGAAAUAUCUUCCCAAGAUUCUCCCCGCUCUCCUGUCCGCUCUGGCCGCUGCACAAGGAACACCCGAAGAAUCCCAAGAACUGGAAUACUGUCAAGCCGUCAUCCUCUCGGUCAGCGAUGAGGUCGGCAUCCGCACCAUCAUGGACACCGUCAUGGAAUCAACAAAAUCUGAGGUGCCAGAAACACGAAAGGCCGCUGCUACCCUCUUGUGCGCAUUCUGUACUCAUUCCCCAGGAGACUAUUCUCAAUACGUCCCGCAAUUGCUUCGUGGACUUCUGCGACUUCUUGCCGACGGCGAUCGAGAUGUGCUGCAACGUUCCUGGGAUGCCCUCAACGCGGUUACUAAAACCUUGGACUCAGCUCAGCAGAUUGCUCAUGUGACAGAUGUCCGUCAAGCGGUUAAGUUUGCCAGCAGUGAUCUGAAGGGUGCCGAACUCCCCGGCUUCUGCUUACCUAAGGGCAUCACACCGCUACUUCCAGUGUUCCGUGAAGCUAUUCUGAACGGUCUACCAGAAGAAAAAGAAAACGCUGCGCAAGGCUUAGGCGAAGUAAUCCAACUCACUUCGGCAACCUCCCUGCAACCUUCUGUGGUUCACAUCACUGGUCCAUUGAUUCGUAUUCUUGGUGAUCGUUUCAAUGCUGGAGUCAAGGCUGCUGUUCUCGAGACCUUGGCCAUCCUUCUGCAUAAGGUUGGAAUCAUGUUGAAACAAUUCUUGCCCCAACUGCAAACCACAUUCCUUAAAGCUCUACACGAUCCGAGUCGGAUAGUCCGUAUCAAAGCGGGCCACGCACUCGCAGAGCUUAUCGUCAUCCACACGCGUCCCGAUCCUUUGUUCGUAGAAAUGCAAAACGGAGUCAAGAACACGGACGACUCGGCUAUUCGGGAAACAAUGCUGCAGGCUUUGCGUGGAAUUUUGAUCCCGGCCGGUGACAAAAUGACAGAACCACUGAAGAAGCAGAUAUACGCAACGCUCACCGGAAUGUUAGGUCACUCUGAAGACGUUACCCGUGCAGCGGCAGCCGGUUGCUUGGGUGCUCUCUGCAGAUGGUUGAGCCCUGAACAGCUUGACGAUGCGCUCACCUCGCAUCUAGUCAAUGAAGACUACGGGGAUGAUACGGCUUUGAGGCAUGGGCGAACGGCUGCUCUCUUCGUUGCUCUCAAAGAAUACCCUUCUGUGGUAUACACAGAAAAGUACGAAACUAAGAUAUGCAAAACGAUCACAACGUCAAUGGUAUCAGACAAAAUUUCAGUCGCGUUGAAUGGAGUUAGGGCAGCAGGUUAUCUACUACAGUAUGGAAUGUGCUCGGAGGAAGCUAAAUUCCCGCAGCAGAUCAUUAGUCCGUUUGUCAAAUCAAUGAACCACACCAGCAACGAAGUGAAACAACUACUUGCCAAAACCUGUAUCUAUCUAGCCAAAACCGUUCCAGUUGAGAAAACAGCCCCAGAGUAUCUACGACUAGUGAUUCCAAUGCUCGUCAAUGGAACCAAGGAAAAGAACGGUUACGUCAAAUCAAACUCGGAAAUUGCUCUAGUCUACGUCCUGCGAUUGCGAGAGGGCGACGAAGUGCACCAAAAAUGCAUUUCCCUGCUGGAACCGGGAGCGCGGGAUUCGCUGAGUGAGGUGGUCAGCAAGGUCCUGCGUAAGGUCGCCCUCCAGCCCGUUGGCAAAGAAGAGGAACUAGACGAUACAAUUCUCACGUGAUUACUGCGACCGCGAGCACAGACGUUCACUGCAUGGUAUAGGAAACAGUAUCAAAUGCAUGGCCAUAAUACAACGGCUACCGUAAUUUCGAGGCUCUCCGCUGUAAUUGGCGCUAAAGUUUCGAUAGCGAUUACUAUCCAGCUGUUAGAAAGUUAUAAUUGGCACUUAUGGAUCGAAAAUAAACUAGAAAUCAAAUGUGGAAAUAA